AUGAGAUUACACGCGUGUAUACUGGCCCUGUGCGUGUGUCUGCACCAGGCGCGCGCAGCCUCCAUUAACGUGCCGGAGAAAAAACUCGACGAUCUAGAUAACGUUGACCUCGACUCUGAAACGGACCUGGAACAACCCAGCGUGCUGGAACUCGACAAUAACCUGAGGAAAAACGUUGUUGACAUACCGGUCAAAGUUGUUCAAGAGUCCAAUGUGAUAUUAGACGAGAACUCCAACGAUUAUAUCCCCAGCGAGAAUGACAACACCAAUAUUAAAAGGCUAGAAAUCGACCUCCAAAAUCCAGGAGCUCCACAGCGACAGGAACAUGAGACACAGAACCCGGAGAGUUACGGCGAUAAGGAAAAAGCGAUAUUCGCUAUUAGACAAAGUAUGGAUGAGACUCAGAACAUUUUCAACGAGGGACUCAAAAGUGUCUCAAACAGUUUCAAAACUCUGUUCGCCGAAAACGAAGACUUGCCAGCCAUUCAACAGAACAUCCAGAACUUAAGACAGACCUUCACGAGUCAAAUCGAAAAACUUAACACAACCAUCAGAUCCUAUUUAAACCCUAAUCCAAAUUUAGAAAUUGUCGAGUCUGGGCUCAGAAACUUGGAAAAUAAUUUUAAAUCAGGUGUUGAUACUUUGACCGAAGGAGUGGAAGUACUGACGAUAUUGAGAGAAGAGGAUGAGGCUGCGAGGGAAGAGGCCGUCGUCGAGCAAGCCGCGAGUCCAGUUUCGGAUGCACCUGCAUCUCAGAGUCCCGCAGUUCCAGCCGGCCUUCCAGUUACAAAUCCUUCACAAAUCACACAACCCGUUCUAAGUUUUAUACAAGGGUUCCAACAGGGUAUCCUUAAUGCGUUUACUAACAUUAACAACGCCGUCCAGAGUACCUUGUCUGGCAGCGGACAAUCCUCUAGCCCGCAAUCCACAGUUGUCGGCCCAUUUGUAAACUUCUGGAAUGGAAUUACCGGGUCUAAUUCAGCCCAAGGUCAAGCUUCAUCUACUGCCAACUCAUCGCCGGCCCCACCAGCCGGCGCACAGAGCGACGUCGUCCCAGCUCCACCUGCACCGUCACCGGCUCCGUGGAGCCCUGGAGCGAUAUUCCAACAAGUACAGAAUUCAUUCCAAAAUUUGAUUAACCCACAACAAAAUCAGCAGCAGAACCAACCACAACCAGCUAGCCCUGGACCCAUUACACAGGCCAUUCAAAACAUAGUCCAGUUCAUCGGACCUGGUCAAAAUAAUGCACAGCAAACUCAGCAGCCAGCUCCAGCUGCAAACCCUAACAAAGGCUCACAAAGCGCCGUGCCUGAAGCGAGUAACGACGUCCCAGCAAACCCAGCUCUGGCAAACCCAGCACCUGCAAACCCAGCACCAGCAAACCCAGCACCUGUAAACCCAGCUCCCGCUGCAGCAGAGCCAGUUAAAGCCCAACCCGUACAGCCGGCUGUGCCUUCAGCAGGACCUAUCCAGCAACUAGUACAAAAUAAUCCUAUCAUAAAAGGAAUCCAAAGCGCCGUUCAAAGAAUACAGAAUCCUAGCGCUGACACUCCAAGAAAUGAAGAAAUCAAAGAAGAUCACAUAGACAACAAUGUUGAAACCAAAGGCCAUGGCGGCGGCAGCAACCAACAAAGCGAUAAUAAGUUCAGUGGCAGGGUAGGAGGAUUACCCGAAUCGGAAGGAAUCCAACAAGAAGUUAUUCCCGCUAAAAGUGAGAAGGAAAUCGCUGAGAAGGUUGCGGAAGAAAACGUCCCAUCGAUUUCUGAUAAGACUGAUUGA